AUCGCAUAAAACGGUGACGACACCUUAUUUCCCGGGUCGGGGAUAAGAGGUGUGACCCAGGCGAAGAGUAAUAACAUCGACCUUUUGUGUGAACAAGGACUUCGAGGAGGUUAUAUGGGAAGGGUUGAUUUAGACGAGGGGGUUGGGUGGAGAUUGUAUUCUUUGUGUUCCACCUGAGUAACUCUCAAAGGGCUUGGAAGAGUGUGAGAAAGCGACGUGGACAAACUGUUCUGAGGUGAAUAGGAAUGCAACAAUGAAAGAUAAAGCUAAGAGGCACAUUGAAGCUAUAUACACGUUGGAUGUACGACUACUCUCUCUCAAACGUAACGCUAUUUCAGGCAUUAUCCUGAUUGAAAAGGGCAUUGUUUUAGAACCAUGAGGGCUGAUUACAUUGUCUUAGCGAUCCUGGUCCUAAGUGGGCUAGCCCAAGGAAGAAUAGUUGGAUCAGAACUGGAAUGGGAUCCUAAGGGAUAUAUUUUAUACUGUCCGUGUUCAGGGCGAUUCAGCAAUCAAGUGGAGCUUCUAUUGGGGUCAUUAUAUUUUGCAAAGACGCUUGAUCGAGUCUUGGUUAUACCGCCAUUCAUCGAUUAUCAACACGCAGUCGGACAAAGAAAAGAUAAUCUUUACGUUCCCGCGACGGAGUACUUUGAUUUGAACGCUCUGAGAGAAUACCAUGAAGACAUCGUCACAUUUGAAGAUUUCAUGUACGAGUUAGCACCAACUCAUUGGCCUUUGGCUGAGAGGGUAGCAUACUGCUCGAGCAGGGCAGCUGAGGGAAAUAAUGAUAUGUGUCCCAGGAAAGGAAACCCAUUCUCUACCUUUUGGGAGGCUCAGAAUGUUGAAUUUAGUCGAUCUGAAAUCUGGUCUGGUGAUCUUCAUUACAACGUCGAGUAUGAUCCAUGGAGGGUCAUGUGGAUGGAGACAUUUAAUCCAUCGGAGCAUCCAGUACUUGCCUUCAUGAACGCACCGACCAGUACACCGCUAUCAUUGGACAGAGACCAUCUUCAUAAAUAUCUAAAAUGGUCAGCAGAUAUAGAGAGGGAGGGUGAAAGGUACAUAACAGACAACAUCGAAAGGCCAUACGUGGGACUACAUCUGCGGAAUGGCGCCGAUUGGGCACGUACCUGUGACUUAGCUGAUGGGACAAUGACCCGUCUAUUAUCAUCAUCUCAAUGCCUGGGUGUUCAUCCUACCACUACCGUUCAUAGACAACUAUGUAUUCAGUCCGAAGAGCUGGUUUCUGAAGAGGUGAGGGCGCUGAUGCAAGAAUAUGAGAUCAGGACAAUCUUCAUCGCAACAGAUCAUGUUUCCAUGCAAGAUGAUUUACAGAGAGAUUUUCCAGAUCUAAACGUUGUAACUAUGGAUCCGGAGAGACCUCAACUGGACAUGUAUCUUUUAGGUGAAGCAGAUUAUUUCAUUGGAAACUGCGUCAGCGCCUUCACGUCGUUUGUCAGGAGACACAGAGAUAAUGCAAAUCUACAAACUCGUUAUUUUGGGAUGAGACAAAAUCAGAGAUUAGCUCUCCAUGACGAAUUUUAAUUAUCCUUCAGAUUUUAGUUUAGUUAGAUAGAUUGAAUAAUUUAUACAUUUUUUUUAACUUUUAAGAAUAAAUUCAGGGCUGCAUGUCAAAAUGGACUCUUCACUCAAGUAGCAGCAUAAGCUCCGUAACACAAAGGGUUACCCACCCUCAUUGACCAGUCAAGACCAUUGUUACAUGGGCAUUUUGUUCAAACAAUGAUCAGGAGCCAGUCAGCGUCGUUCUUUUAUAAUUUGUUAUCCAUCGCAAGCCUCAAAUGCUACGAACUUACGAGGCCAUUGAACAAUUAACUGAAAGUAGAAUAAUGCUUGCGAAAUAAAUACAUUUUACAAUUUAAAAUGGAAAACGUAACCCAUGAUACUGACACAUUUUGACUAUGUUUGAAAUAGAUAUACUGUAUUAAGAAGUGAUUUAGAAAAUGACCGUAACUAUGAUUCGUAUGAAGAUACAUGCAUAAUUUUUACGCUUUUGAAGAAUCGAUUAUUAAAUCUUAUCCAAUAGAGAGGGGAAAGGUUUGUUUUUUAGAAGAGAAAAAUUAGAUUUCAUAACAAAAAAAAAAUCCUCUUAUGAACUUUGGGUAUGAUGCGAUAUUGGUCAUACCAUAAUUUGUUUUGUUAUACUUAAUUAUGUACACGUAGACUUUCUAUGGAGUCAAUUUGGUUUCCUUGCUUAAGAAGUGUUAAGCAAAAUCACAUUACUUGAAAUAUAUAUAAUUAUGUGAAGUA